CCUUCAGGUUGCUGCUCAAUUUACAAGUUUGUUCUUGUCUGUUGCUCCAAAAAAUCGCGCCUAGGUUUGAAAAAUCGCGAAAAAAAUGUAAAAUUGUAUGGAAAGCACAAAACGAUAAAUACAUUGGCGGUGCAGUUUUCAUAUCUUGACUCAUAAGCUUUGAUUUUGACAGAUAUUUUCUGCGCAUUUGUUCACUGAGAGCCAGUGUGAGACUUCAUAUCUUCAAAGGGUCAAUUGCACAGAGUGACUGUUGCUCCUGGUUCAUCGUCAUAGGACCACCAUGGAUCAAAAUACUACAGACCAAACUGCUUUAUCAUUCCCAGUUGGCGUGCCGCCCUUCUUCUUCAUGCCUCCAAUACCACCAAUAGGUCAAAUGAAUCAAUUAACUCCAUUUCCCAAAGCAGAUGUAGCUUCAAUUGAACAGGGAGCCUCGAAGGAUGAACCAAGUCAGAAAAUGCGUAAGAAGAAUAAAGCCAAAGAAAAGAAGAAAAAUAAGAAUCAUCCUAAUAAGGGCCCAGCUUCAACAAAGUCUACUGAUCUCCAUGUUGGGAAGGAAAAUCCACUUGAGUUUUGGGAUUGCUCAAAUGACCUUGGUGAUAUCCCAUCUGUCGAACAGAUCAAAAAGAUUCAUAUUUAUGAUUUUGACAAUACCUUGUUCUCGUCGCCUUGCCCAAACCCAAACUUAUUCAAUGAACAGACAAUUGGGAUGUUAACAAACUCAGACAUGCUGCACUAUGGUGGCUGGUGGGCAGAACCUUUAAUUUUUAAAAAUGCAGGUGAAGGUUGGGAUGUUGAAUCCAAACGCCAAUGGGAAUCAUUUUGGAAUGGAGACGUUGAAGAUUUAUUAAGACUCUCAUACGAGCAAGAUGACGCAUUGGCAAUUAUAAUGACAGGUAGAAAAAGUCAUUUAUUCACAGACCUUUUUAAGGAAAUUUUGGACAUCAGAGGAAUAAAGUUUAAUGGAUUAAUGCUGAAGAAAGGAAACUUCCCAUCUACUAUUACAUACAAAACUCAAGUCUUAACGGAUAUAUUGGACUACUAUGAGAACAUUGAAAAAGUCACCAUAUAUGACGAUAGACCAAGCCAACUCAAAGGGUUUCAAAAAUGUCUUAAUGAGUAUAAUGAAGCUGUGCGACCAGAACUCAUUUAUAAUUUAGUUCCAGUGGCACCUGAGGUGAAAUAUCUUGAGCCAAAAACAGAGAGAAAAAUUAUAGAAGAGAUAGUGGAACAACAUAAUGAAUUUGUGGAUCAAGGAAAAUCCACUGGGAAAUUGGGUAAAGUAUCCUUAAAGCAAAGUUUCUUCUACAGUGGUUAUAUGCUUGAAGUUGAAUCUAAAGCUAAAGUUCUAGAGUAUAUUUUAGACAAGUAUGAUACUGCAUUCACUCCAGAGUUCCAGAAAAAAUUGAAAUUUCUAUUAGGUUUCAUACCCAUUGCUAAAAGCAAAGUGUCAAAAGCAUUGGAACUCGAACUUUCUUCUGAGCCAGUAAUUGAAUGGAAGAUUACGGAAUUUGGGGGCUUGAAUGAUGAAUAUUUUGGUUUAAGUGUUGUGCCAAUUAAUUCAAAUGUGCAAGUGAAGACAUUAUUUGAUCCUCCAUUUUUGAGCUUUGCCACUACAAAGAAAUCAACAGUUUCAGGGCUUGAAGAGUUUGAAAAAAUAACGGACUGGGAACCAAUUGAGGAUGAUAUAAGAAUCAAAACUCAUUUUGGUCAAGUUGUUCAGUUCAAAAUAGUCACUGAUAAUACUCGUAAAAGAAAAAGACCUGCCUCAUGAAAUAGAAAUUGAGUAUACACAAUCUAUUGAUAAUUUGUAGGGAUACACCGGCCAGUAACUUGAUACAAGAUAUCCAAGUCACCAUAGCACUGAGACUAUCCUUUCAACCAAAAAGCUUAUUGAGCUCUUCGGCGGUUUACCAUUCAUCUUAGCACAGAAACGGCACCAUCAAGCAGUGAGUUAAUGCUAAUGGGAAUUUGACAUAUUGUGCUGUGAGUAACCAGUUCC